CUUCACAUAUCUUGAAAUACUUAUUCACUUUUCACUGAGACAAACACCCUAAAACCUGUAGGUAUAUAAACUUGUUGUAGAAUGUUUGCCAAAUUUGUUGUACUUUUUAUUUUCAUAAAAUUUGCUUGUACCGAUAAUGAAGGUCCUAUAAUUCAGUUACCCAACGGCAAAAUUUUAGGUCGCGAAGCGGUAACAUUUGAUGAAAAAACCUACUUUGCUUUUGAAAAAAUUCCCUAUGCUUCUCCACCAAUAGGAUCACUAAGAUUUAAAGCACCACAACCUGCUCAAAAAUGGGAUGACGUUCUUAAUACAACUCAUAUGGAUGUUACUUGUAUGCAAGUAACUAAAAACUUAUCGAAGGAAUCUGAGGAUUGCCUUUAUCUCAAUGUCUAUACCCCUAAGCCUCCUGGAAAUGAUAAUAGGGUUUCGUUUCCAGUUAUGGUGUAUAUACAUGGUGGCGCAUUUAUGCAUGACUCAAGUAUGAAUUCUGCUCCAGAUCUGUUCAUUAAUAACGAUGUAAUUUUUGUAUCAAUUAAUUACAGAUUAGGUCCUUUUGGUUUUCUUUCAACACAAGAUGAAGUUAUUCCUGGUAACAACGGUUUGAAAGAUCAACUUCUAGCAAUACGAUGGACUCAUGACAACAUUAAAUAUUUUGGGGGUGACCCUGGAAAAAUAAUUAUUUCUGGAGAAAGUGCCGGUUCAGCUAGUGUAGCUUACCAACUGUUAAAUCAAAACUCACAGGAUUUAUUCCAAGGGGCUAUUUUAGAAAGUGGCUCAUGUUUAAGUCCUUGGUCGUUUCAGAGAAAUUCCAGAAAUAUUGCUUUUGCUACCGCUGCAAUUUUAAAUUCAACAUUUGAAACAAACAACAAUUCACAAAGUUUAUUGGAAUUUUUGCAGAAUGUUGAUGCUCAAAAUUUGGAUUCAGCGGCUCAAAAGUACCUUAACGACGUAAGUACUCCAUGGGAUUAUGAUGUGUCUCAAGGUUGUAUUUGGGCUCCCGUCAUUGAACCCAAAAAUCCAGAUGCAUUUCUUACAAAAAAAAUGUAUGGUUUGAUUAAGGCCGGAAAUAUUGUGAAGGUUCCAAUACUUAUGGGAUUUAAUUCUGAAGAAAGUUUAUAUUUCAAUAAAGAUCCUAAUACUUUUAAAUCUUCGAUGAAAACCUGGGAUGAAAACUUACAUAUUAUCGUACCUAAUGACAUGCAAAUUACUGAUCAAGAAGAACGCAUAAAAGUGGGCCAAACGAUAAGAGAAAUAUACACAGGAGGUCAACAGUUUGCUGAUAAUUUGGGAGCUGGAAUUAGAUACUCUAGUGAUACUUCCUUUACUCGACCCAUUCGCAAACACGCGGAAUUUGCUUCCUCAUUUACUAAAAUAUUCUUUUAUCAGUUCUCUUAUGAUGGGAUAUUGGGAAACAUUAAUGUUCAUUAUGAUGGUGCAGAAAAUGUUGGUCAUACAGAGAUUAUACAGUAUUUGUUUUGUUCAGGAUCAAAGUGUGAUAUUAGUGAAAAUCCAAAAAAUGAUCAAAUUACGAGAAAUCGACUUAUCAAACUUUGGACUGAUUUUGCAAAGUAUCUAAAUCCAACACCAGAACCAUCAGAAUUGUUGCAAAAUAUUAGCUGGCCAAGUAUCUCCAUUGAUAAUGGUAACUUUCCAUAUCUUGACAUUAAUGAGAAAUUGGUAAUAAGAAAUUUUCCAAAAGAAGGAACGUAUGCAAAAUGGAUCAAGCUUUAUAAUGCUUUAGAUUACAAUGAUUUUGAUACUUAUUAAUCUAAGACAUUGUCUAUGUAUAUACGAGUACAAGGUGAAUAAAAAACAUAUA